UAGAACAAUUUUUCUUCAUUUCCUUCCUGUUUUAUAUUUUCUUUAUUAACAUUCAAAUUUUCCUUCCACAUUUUUUCAGCCUCCAUCUUCCAUACCGGAGUGUCUAAUCGCAAUUGUUAAAUGUCCGUGCGCUCCCACCAGAUCCAGGCGCUGUUUGCCCGACGCCGUGAAAUCGAACACGACCGCAUUGAGCGCACAGCUGCCGUUAAUCGUUACUAUGAUCAUUGGGGCAAAGUGACCAGUCGCUUUGAGAACUGGACCAAGCCGGAGUACUAUAAAAAUGCUGAAGAUCAGCUAAAACAGCGUCGUGAGCAGCGUGAAAAGGAGGUGCAACAAUUUGAGCGGCGCGAACGUUUACGUGAGCUAUUCGAAAAAGAGAAGAUCAUCUAUGCCAAAGAGAUGCUGGAGCGCGACAGACCACGAUCGCGUAAGAUCACAGCAACUACCGAGCAGCUGGAGAAAAUUGAACAAAAUGCCAAAGAACGUGAGCAUAUAAAACGGAAACUCGAUUUGGAAGCCAAGUUAUAUGGUCGCUGGCGUCAUGGCGUGGAUGAUGACAAUGUGCUCUUCGAAUCGAAGUCCACUAAUGAGACACUGGCCAAACUCAAUUGGUUGGAUAAGCAAAUUGAGGAGCAAGUAGGUCGCGAGCGUGAAGAGACACAGGCUCAAGAGCGAAAUUUACGAUUGCAAGAGGAAAUCAGUCGUACGGAGCAAGUCCAAAAAGAACGGCAACUUAUACGUGAGAAGGAGAUCAGGGAAAUACGCGAACUGCAAGAGAAGCACAUGGCUGAGUUGAAACUGCGGCAAACAGAGGCUGAAAAUUUAAAGGAAGAAGAGCAGCAUUUGCGUACAUGCCUAAGUGAUUUGGAAAAAGAGCUGGAGUUGUUGGAGGAGAGCUGUACCAUGGUUAUGGACGCCGCAGACACUUCACAGGCAUACAAUUUGAAGAAAAUCAAAAUUUUCAUGCGCAAACGUUCCGAAGCUUUUUGUAAUCAGAUUAAACUCUGCAUCAGCAUACUGGAACGCUUGAGCGACUAUGCUACAUGCGUGGAGAUAGUAAAGCGGCUGCUGAAAAAAUACCGCCAGCACUUAGAGGCAGAGUCAGUUAACUUUACACAAGUAGAAGCCAUGUACGAAUCAGAGGCGAAGUACAACAUGCAGCGCCUUGAAUCCUUGUGGCAGCAGCAACAGUUGGAGCGUUAUCACGAAAUAAAGCAGCUACUCACUGCAGAACGUUGUACUUUUGGCGCACGUGUAAGCGAGAAUCUGCGACGUCAAACCGAUGCCUACGAAUUGCGCUCCACACAUCUCACAGCACUCGAGAGUUCCAAUGAAAAGCUGAAGCAAUUGAUAGCCGAGGAACAAAAAUCGCCGCGCAGUGCGUUGCCAGUAGCUACUAGUGAGUCUGGACUGCCAUUGUCCAGGCUAGAUUUUAGCGGCGAUGGUGGAGAUCGAGCCUCUAUCGCUGAUGACGCCAUGAGUAUUACUCAACUCAUGCCGAGUGGAACAACACGUUUCGGUAGCGCAUCUGCUACUGGCACACAUUUCGGACGCCGCAAACCACUUCAGCCCGCCGAGCUGCCCAAAGUGACCAACUCUUUUACGAAUUUGAAUUUGGACGUUUGGAAGGACUUGCCGGCUGCGCGUCAUGGUGUUGACUCGCCGCGCUUGGCGACUCAGCGCUCACUGAGCGUUGUCACAUCGGACUCUGCGACGCGUCCUCAAUUUGCGCGCAAACGCAUAGCUUGGACAUGAAGGGACAAUAGUUUUUCUAAUUUAAUAUAAUUUUUUUUUUUACUUUGAGCCUUAUUGUACAGAUAUUUUUUUCUUAAUUUUGCAGCAUCGGAAGCUAUAAAAAAAAUAAAUAUAUUUUUUUUGUAAUAAUUUAAAAAAAUUUUAAAUAAAACGAAUAAAAUUUUAAA